CGCUGACCGUGCUCGUCGACCACAGCAUUUUGCAAUUUCAAAGGCUAUUCAUUUAGAAGUACCUAAAACACGCUGCAAUCAUUACCAGGGUGCCAUAUUCCGAUAAUUGUUUUUACUGUCCAAGCCGUUCACGACCACUUCCAACCACAAAGAUGACUCAGGCCACAUCUGACCAAGUACCAGGCUACAGGGACCCCAACUUCCCUAACCCUGACGGCCCCAUGGAUACGCCCAUCAUCAUCUACGGCUAUACACCAUCCUUUGCUCUCGCCGUGUUUGCUGCAGUCUGGUUCUCCGCUGCGUUCGUCGUGCAUUGCACCGAGGCGAUCCGCUACCGUAGCUGGUGGUUUAUACCAUUCACCAUCGGACUCGCUCUCGAGGUCGUCGGCUACAUUGCACGAUGCCUCUCUUCGAAGUCGGAUCCGUACAACCUCAUAUACUACAUCAUCAACUACUUCUUCAUCGUAACCGCGCCUGUUGUCAUGUCAGCAAGCAUCUACACUAUCCUCUCGACGCUCAUCAACCACCUCGGUAGAGAGUACUCAGCUCUGCCACCUCGUGUCAUUCUCUGGUUCUUUAUAAGCUCGGACGUUGUGGCUACCAUUGUGCAGCGGGCCUCGCCUAUCAAGUCUUUUGCAUGA